AUGAAAUACACUGACCGCGUAGUUUUAUUUCAACAUCAGAUCACAAAGCGAUAUGGGAAGUCCGGGCCACUAGACGAGGUAGCUGGACCAGGAGGAGUGUACGUGUAUGGUGGAGUCGGAACAGGAAAGAGCUUGUUGGUCGACAUGUUCUUCGCCAGCGUAGAUGGUGACUGCAUACCGAAGAGGAGACUGCAUUUUCAUGAGUUUAUGCUUGAAGUGCACGCUAAGUUGCAUUAUGUGCGAUCUCAAUCGGACUACGAUGGCCAACCACUAGAGGCGGUGGCUGCGAUGAUUGCUGAAAACGUUAGGCUUCUGUGUCUUGACGAGUUUCAAGUGGUUGAUGUAGCGGACGCGAUGAUUCUGAAGACUCUGUUUGAAGUACUCAUGCGCGAUCACGGGGUGAUUGUGACCAUGACUUCCAAUAGACCUCCGGAGCUGCUCUACCUACAUGGUCUCAAUCGGAGCGCUUUCCUGCCCUUUAUAGACUUUCUGAGAGAUACAGUGGAAGUUCUGAAUCUCGAGGGCAUCGACCACCGGAAAGUCACACAGCAGAGGCCGGACAAAGUCUACUACGAUAGCCUGAAUUCUACGGAGCCGUCUGGGGACUUGCACAAGCGGUUCUCACAGAUGUGUGAUAAUUCAGUGGCUAUCAAGGUGGACGAGACCAUUGCUGUGCGGAACGGGAGGGAUUGUCAUGUGCCUCGAGGCAGUUACCAGCACGGGGCGGCGCUGUUUGAGUUUCGAGAGCUGUGCGGCUGGGGCAAAGGAGUGGCAGACUACCUGGCGAUUCUCAGGAUCUUCCCCACCGUCUUCGUCAAUGGCGUACCAGAGUUCAGCUAUUUGAACAGAGAUGAGGCACGAAG